GGCCACGGUGUGAGCGAGUCCCCCUCCCAUCCUCCGCUCACUGCGAAGUGCCUCUGUUCUCCUGCGCUUUCACUCAUGACGUAUUUACUGACAGCACUGUGAGAGUUUUCACACAAGUCCUCCAGCAGCUCGGUAAUGCGCCUCUGGUCAGAUAAACCGCCUUUUCGCCUCAGAGACUGCGCCUUACCUGUCCUCGCCUCCUCAGUUAAGCAGAAAUCCCGGGUCGUUUGGAGUGCGCAACGCGCGCGCCUUUCCAAGAGACUUUCGUUUGCCCCACUAUAAGGACUAGUGAGUGUGCGCUAUGGGAACAAUGUGUGUCCGAGAGCUGGUGCUCUGGUCUCUUCUUGCGUGCUUGGCUUGGUUGAGCGUUGGUCUCGUCGGCGCAGAUGGCCGGGUCUUCCUGCUAGAGUUGAGAAAUGGUUCAGAUAUAGGGUUUGAGGCAGCUUCAAGUGCAUGUGGUGAUCAAGGUGCUCGGAUGGCAUCAGCAAUGGAGCUUCGCCAUGCUGUCGUUGAGUGUGCAUUUUCUGCCUGUGCACGUGGUUGGCUUACUGGUCCCAGCAUUGGGACAACAGUGUGCAGGAGCAUCUCUGGAAGCUUACGGGCAGUAGACAUGCAGGUGGAGAAUGUGACUGAGAUGUAUGAGAGUCUGGCUGUGUUCUGUGUGAAAGACACUGGGGCUCCUUGUGGAGGACCACCUUUAUUUCCCAAUACACGUCUGCAGGGACAGACCGGCCUGGAGCUGGGUGAUGAGCUUCUGUAUGCUUGCAACCCAGGAUACAUUCUGCCCAAUGGAGAGACAGCUUUUAGCCUGUUGUGUGACAGCUGUGGAGAGUGGUAUGGUCUGGUGCAGCUCUGUGUAAAAGAUAAAGCCGAGGCCUUUAUUGACUACGAAGACAAGCUCCCAGAUGACCAUAAUCUCUAUGAUGGCACGGAGGAGGUGCAUCAUGUGAGUAUGAUGCCUAGACCUACUGAUCAUGGAGAGGAGGAAGAGUCUACACCUGAACCAGACCAUUUAGAGCCAGUCAUGGUAGUGGAAGCAAAGGAUAAGAUUGAGAAAAACUCUGCCGUCUCUGUAACAGAGCCUCCAGUAUCUCAACUCAGCCAGAAACACAUGUUCUGGUUCCCCUCAGAGGCUUUCCAGGAAGAGGAGCAUCCUCUCGUAACCACAGGAACACCUAGUAAAGACCGUACCCAAGAUGAGAAUUACAUCUCAGUCAAGACUGGUGAAGACCAGUCAGAGCCUGAGAUAACUACAGAGGAUCACGAUGGGUAUAUGACCGAGCCUCCAACUGACAAACCUGCCACUCACAGUAUAGGCAGCACAGUGGAGUCAUGGCUUGAUGGAUAUCCUAUUCCCCAGGAAGAGGAGAGAGCAGGUGGAGGGUCUACCGAGGAGACAGUACCAGGGCAGGGGGUGGACAUGGCGACUGUGACAGGCAGUUUAAAGGUGGAAGAUUUUAAAAGUGUGACUAACAUCCCAAAAGAGGCAGGUCUGGGAGGUGGUGUCCACAGCUACCAAGAGGAACCAACUGAAGGUGUGUCUGAGACACCUGAGGAGCAAGAGUUUAGUAAAGUGAUUAAUCAUCAGGAUGUGGGGGUUAAGAAUGUAAGUGAAAGAGUGGGAGAAAAGAGUUAUGGGGAAGUGUUUUACAACCAAGAGGAAGAGUUUCACGGUGUGACUGGCAUGCCUCAUCCAGAGGUUUCUGAUGUAGUGCCUAUUCUUUCAGAAGAAAGAUAUUUUGUUACAGAGGCACCAGCAGUGAAGGAGGUGGAAGGAGAAGCCAAGAGACCAGUGGAGGUGGAACAUGAGAAAGUGGAUGAUGGCUCUAAAGAUGUACAAUUUCCUGGUAUAAUUGACAGUGCAAAUGAUGUUGAAUUGAGCCCUACACCUUUAAUCAGCCACACUCAGAUCACAGCUGGCACUCCCAGCACCGCUCCUGAGAAUGUCAGCACCAGCCAAGAGGCGAUGGGUUUCGGACACACUACCACACCUUUAGGAAUGGCACCAAAAGAAACCACACCUACUUCACCAGUCCAUGUCAUUAGCAAUGUGGCCACAGCCACAGUGAGUGUCACUUGGGAAACCAAAGAUCUUGGCCAUUUUGUGGAUCAGACUCCCACUGUUGAUGAUGAUGUACUUGUAGAAACCCAUGAAAAUCAGAGUGUGAUGGAAGGAGAUGUGGACCGUAGCCUGGAUCAACCAGAAGACAAUGGAUCUUGUACUGUACAUCCUUGCCACUUAGCUGGCCAUGGGCCAACUAUUGCUGCUAUCAUUGUUGGCAUUGUAGCAGCGAUUGUGGGUGUGGCCUUGGGUAUAUGGUGUUACAAAAGAAGGCAACAGAAAACCUCACACUAUCAGCUGAAUGGAACUAACAGACAAACACAAUGCAUCGAACUCCAGCAGACUGUGUAACCUAACACGUGUGUCCAUACACAAACAUCAUAUAUGUGUGAACAUUAUGAAUACAUGCACGUACAUACAUACUAAUAUACACAUACAAAGUCGGCGGUAGGGGGGUAUUCCUCAUGUCCUUUACUGGGCAGUGAGAGAGUUGCUUUAGUGCUUUGUUAAAACACAUUUUAUUUUUCAUAUUUGCAGUGCAUUGUGCCUGUGUUAUUUCCCAUGUUAUACUUGCUUAUAUAUGAUACCUAAUUAUUUCUUUGUGGAUUUCCUUUCAUUGUGUGGACCUCAUUUGAAAGGCUAUUGAUGUUUGCGUUUGAGACGCUAGAUGCUUAUUGAUUGAAUUUUACAGGAUAGUAAUGUUUUUCAAAGAAAUUUGUGUAUCAGCCUUAGCAGAUUCAAUAUAAUGUGACCAGUAUAGUGUUUGUACACUGAAUAUAAAUGCUGACAAUUGGGAUGAAGACAAAUAGAGACAGUGAAACUGUAGUGUUGAAUAUUUUAGUGCUCCAUCAGUGGAGAAUAUGCUUAUGGAACUGAUACUGCAUAUUCAACCCUGUUUUUAUAUUCACAUUCAUUCUACAGUACUUACUGCGUAAUAUAGUUUUUUAGCACCUCUAGCAAGUAUCAAUCACAUACAUGUUAGCAAUAAACUAUAUAAAAAAUACAAGAAAUAGUCAUUCUUUAGGAAGUAUUUGAAAUGUAAUUAUAAUGUAACAAAGUCAUCAAUGGCAGGUUUUGUCUGAAAAAGUGGAUUUUUUCUUUUUUCUUUUAAAAGAAUCAGCGUUGGCAGAAAGGCCAGGAGUACAGGUUACACAGGUAAUCAAUACUAGAAAACAGGAAAAAACACACAAUAAGUAGCCAGGAUCUCCAAUAAGUAAGGAAUUGGUUCAGAAAUGCUCCUUACAAGAUAUUGCAAAGUACUGUGAGAACUUUGAAAGUACAUAUCUAGCUCUUAAUGAUUCCAUGGACAAGGAAUAAGUGAAGGUGAUAUCGAGAAUGUGGAGCCAGAACAGAGGCAGAGCAAGAGAGGAUAAUUCAGCUGUAGUGCAAUCAGUGUUGUGUCUCCCAAAGGGUGGAGACUCUGUGACAGUUAUAUAUUCAGCUUGAAGGGCAGAUGAGGUAUUUUUGUGGAUGCCCACAAACAUGGUGGUGGAGACCAAUUUAAACCUAUUGGGUGUAACAAAUACUGUACGUUAAUGUUUUAUUGUUUUUGUCUAGCACUUUUCUGCUUCCAGCAGAUGACAAUGACUGAUUUCUUCAUCAGUUCUUUGGAGUUAAUCAGAGUAAGAUAUAUUGUAAAGCUUUACACAUUUUGUAAUUAACCAGAGUUGAAGUGUGCAUGUUAGCUAGAUAGGUAUCCCUAGUGCUGCUGUUUCAAGUGGUCUGAUAGCCAUCUUCAAAAUUCUUCAGUUCAUUUUUACUAAGUAAAAGCAGUCACCCAUAAAUGUCCAUAGGUAGUCACAUUAUGGGGUAGUAACAUUACUCUGGAGAAUUAAAGCAAUACAAAGUGUUAUUAAGGAUUUAUCCUAUAGAGCUGAGGUAAACAACACAGUGUCGAGUAGUGUAACUAUACCUAUUUGUCUGAAAUUGAAAAUGUUUUUCAAUUAAAAAGUUUAAUUGUGACGUAGUCUGAUUAAGAAGUUUGAUGGUCAAUUUUAUUGACCAGAUGACUAUUUGAAUGUCAGUUAAUUUUAAUGUUAUAAAUUGCAUGCUUAUCAUUUUAAACAUCAUUUUAAAUGUUCUCUAUGAAACGUUUGAUUAACCAGUCAGAAUAAUUAAAUGAAUUUUUUUUUCUUUUUAAUACAUCCCAAAAUAUUCACGUAAUUUUUCCGAAGAAGCAGGAUGCCAGGGCGAGUUACUAUCUUUAUUUUCAGUUUACGCUCCCUGUAAUUCAGAAACACAUAAUUGUUCGCAUAUCUUAGAGGAAUUACCUUUUUAUACUUAUUAUGAUUCUUUGUAAAAUAAUCAGAAAUUUAUACAGGUCCUCAAAAAUGCAUCGCCAAUGCCAAAAGCAACUGUGUGCUAAAUAUCAAUAAGACAUGAAGCCUUUUAUUUAUUCAGGAGUAUGAUCAAGGUAGGUGCUGUAAUUUAACAUUAUUCUUUGUAUCAUAUUAUUAUAAUAUGAUAAUAUCAUAUUAUUAUAUGAUAUGACUUGCCUGUGAAUACUUUUCAGUGUUAUGUACCAGUUUCAAUCUAGUGUAGGUCUCUCUGCUGUUGCACAGCAGCUCUAUUUGUACGCUACGUACCUGUAGACUAAGUACCUCGCACUACUCUGUGACUAGGCAGACUCCCAGCAUGUUACUAGUAGUACUGCUGAAAGUGACGCUUCUUUAAAUGAGUACAUGGGAAUGUUAUAUUCUUCAGACACAGAUAUCACUGUAUAAGUGUUUAAGCUGAAAUUAAUUUAUAGUCUGUAGGUGUAACAGGCAUGGCCCAUUUUUCCUGCUAUUUUUAUUUGGCCUAUGAAAUGAUAUACCCUGUUAUAAGAUUUGAUCAAUACCAUUUCUUUUUAGGGGUUUUGAUGUAUCAGGAUAUAAUAUCAGAAUAUUACACAUGUGAUCAAUGUUUAAUACAUCUUCAGAGGGAAGCUUUAUUGUGGCAUCUGACUGCUGCACACUUGUGUGACAAACUAACUGAACAAUUACAAAUAAAAUCCAUUUUAUUCAUUUUA